UGUCGUAGAGGUGGGUUUACCUGCUACCUCAUAUGCGACCUCGGUAGUCAUUACGUCUGGGUGAGCGUUGGUGCGUUGUGCAGUGCGCACUCCGUGUCUAUAAAAUGAGACAGCUCACCACCUGAAGAAAGUCAGAUGAACCACCUGCUGAUCACCGGACUGCCCGGAGUUGGCAAGACCACUCUUCUCCAGCGGGCUUUGGAGCAGUUGAAAAAUGUGCCGGCGACUGGCUUCGUGACGGAGGAGGUGCGCCAGUCCGGCGACCGUGUGGGCUUCGACGUGGUGACGCUGACUGGCGGCCGGGCGCCGCUGGCUCGCGUCGGUACCGGCGGCGGCCGCAGUCGGCCCUGCGUCGGCCGUUACGCCGUCGACCUGGAGUCGUUCGAGCGCGUCGCGCUGUCGGCCAUGGCUAGCGCCCCAUCCGGCGGCGUGCUGGUCAUCGAUGAGAUUGGCAAGAUGGAGCUGUUGAGCGCGCCGUUUCAGCGCUCGGUCCGCGCCGCGUUCGCCGGCGGCGCGGCGGUGAUCGUGGCGACUGUGCCGGUGGCGCGCGGCCGGCAGCCGGCGCUGCUGGCCGAGCUGCGCUCCCGACCCGACAUCCGCCUGCUGGAGGUCACGCGGCAGAACAGGGAGGCGCUCGUGCAGACCGUGGUGGACUUUGUUCUGAAGAGACUGGGCAACGGUGGCGGAGCGGUGCCCGACUGAGGGGCCGGGGGUGG